AUGUACAGCAAGACACAGGAGCAAAAUAUGGAUUUUGAGGCCAUUUAUGAAAGUGAUGAAGACACUACUGGACCUCGAACACUGAGUUACAUCCAGGCUAAAGGAAAAGCUCUACAGUGUAGAGGAAGUAGAUGUUUGGUGUUGAUCACAGUAAGUCUCGGGCUCAUUUGUGUUCUUCUGCUGAUCUUCAUCAUACUGCUGUACUUCACCAUAACAGCAGAGAGAGACCUGAUAAAGACUUACAAGAACACAGCUGAAGAGUUCAAUCAAACCAUCAACAGCUUACAGGACAAUUACACUGAUCUAAUGACUGAAAAACACCAACUGCAGAACAACUUCAGCUCUUUGAGUCAGAAGAAACUGGAGCUGGAGACCAAAGUCAAUUAUCUCACUGCUGAGAAAGACCAGUUACAGAGAGAUUUUGACUCUUUGGGUCAGAGGAAUCCGGAUUUUGAAGUCACGACUCUGAGUGAUGAACUGAAGAAGAACGUUUCUAAAGGAGGAAAUCAGUGUAGUCUAGAUGGCUUGUUCGUUUCCAAAAAGUCGAUGAGCUGGUCUGCCAGCAGGCAGUACUGCAGGGAUCGUGGUGGUGAUUUGGUCAUUAUCAAAAGUUUAGAGAAGCAGAGGCUCAUGUCUUCACUAGUCAGACUCAGUGAGAGAGCAUGGAUUGGUUUGUCUGACAUAGCGAACGAGGGCAAUUUGACAUGGGUGGAUAAAUCACCACUGAAUCAGGGGUUUUGGUUUGAAGGUGAGCCGAAUGAUGAAGAUGGAAAUGAGGACUGUGUUGAAAUGAUGGCUUUUUCUUCCACCCUGAACAACUGGAAUGAUCUCUCAUGUUCAGCGAGGAGAAGAGGGAUUUGUGAGAAAUAAGGUUCAUCCUGUCUUGUUUUUGUAUUACUUAUAUUAUCUCAUGGAAUUAUUCUUAUUGUGGUUGCAAAAUUUCUGCAAAAUAUACAAAAUGACCAGCUGAUAUUGAGAUGAUCAUUAUUCUCUUAAUAAACAAAUAAAAUAUCCUGUUUCUUAUGAUGUGAAUUAUGGUGAUGGAACACCAAUCCUCUGAUGUGUUCAUGUUUUGCUCCAUCACA